UUGAUUGAUUCGUUUCACCGCCAGGCCGAGCCCGGAGGAAGCUACGUCAAAUCUGUCAUGGGGGAGUCGAGGUCUUGGACCCUGCCGAACACCAGCCCGAGGGGGAAAAAAAAUAAAAGUUUUCUGGGACCUGCGAAGCUGUACAUAUGACUACACAGUUUCUAAACUUCCACCUUUGUCUAUCCCCAGAUCUCCACUCCAAUUCCUCACCUCACAAAUAUGGCUUCUAAGAGCUUCUCCAAGGCGCUUCGCUCGCCAUUGGCCCGCCAAUUGGCCGCGCCUGCUCUUCAGAGACGCACUUUUGUCGCUGCAGCGAGCGCCGUGAGAGCUUCCGCCGUCAAGGCCCGCCCUGCCCUGGCUGGUGUUGCGCAGCAGCAGGUUCGUGGCGUCAAGACUAUUGACUUCGCUGGAACGAAGGAGGAGGUCUACGAGCGUGCCGACUGGCCCAAGGAGAAGCUGUUGGAAUACUUCAAGGACGACACCCUCGCCCUCAUCGGCUACGGUUCGCAAGGUCACGGCCAGGGUCUCAACCUCCGUGACAACGGCUUGAACGUCAUCGUCGGUGUCCGAAAGAACGGUCAAUCGUGGAAGGAUGCAGUCCAGGAUGGCUGGGUCCCGGGCAAGAACCUCUUCGAGAUGGACGAGGCCAUCUCUAAGGGUACCAUCAUCAUGAACCUGCUCAGCGAUGCCGCCCAGAGCGAGACAUGGCCUGCUAUAAAGCCCCAGAUCACCAAGGGCAAGACACUGUACUUCUCGCAUGGUUUCUCCCCUGUCUUCAAGGAGGUGACCAAGGUCGAUGUCCCCACGGACGUCGAUGUCAUCCUCGUCGCCCCCAAGGGAUCCGGCCGCACUGUCCGCUCCCUGUUCCGUGAGGGUCGUGGCAUCAACUCGUCUUUCGCCGUCUACCAGGAUGUCACUGGCAAGGCUGAGGAGAAGGCCUGUGCUCUCGGUGUUGCCGUUGGCUCCGGCUACCUGUACAAGACCACCUUUGAGAAGGAGGUCUACUCUGACCUUUACGGUGAGCGUGGCUGCCUGAUGGGUGGUAUCCACGGCAUGUUCCUCGCACAGUACGAGGUCCUCCGUGAGCGUGGCCACAGCCCCAGCGAGGCUUUCAACGAGACCGUCGAGGAGGCUACCCAGUCGCUGUACCCCCUGAUUGGUGCCAACGGUAUGGACUGGAUGUACGAGGCUUGCUCCACCACUGCCCGCCGUGGUGCCAUUGACUGGACCCCCAAGUUCAAGGAUGCCCUCAAGCCCGUCUUCAACUCUCUGUACGACUCAGUUUAUGACGGUUCCGAGACCAAGCGAUCCCUCGAGUACAACGGUCAGAAGGACUACCGCCAGAAGUUCGAGGCUGAGAUGGAGGAGAUCCGCAGCAUGGAGAUCUGGAGGGCAGGCAGGGCCGUCAGAUCUCUCCGACCUGAAAACCAAUAAAGACGGGGCUUGACAUGGGAAAGGCUAUCAAAAUCGGAAGGGUACUUGGAGGCCGAGGCUGGGGGGUGUUCCCGGGGGACAGGCUUUUGUACUAUAUUCAGGAUUCCCCUACAUUAAGUGGAUCUGUGAGAUAUCAGGCAAAAGUUAUUUGCUCUAUCGCUUUUUUCGCAAUACAGCGUGUUCUGUUCAAA